UUUCACUAUUUUCAAAUACUAAAAUUCGAUGUUUAUCAAUGGUAAAUGUAAAGAAAGAACAAACGAACGUGAACAUCAUCUCCAACUAAAGGUUAUGUGCCUGCACCGUAUUAUUUUAAAGUAAAGACUUCGUUCCUAAACCCUCUCGUCCCACACUUAAGAGCCACGUCAAAGUGUUUCUGUUUUGCAAUCUCUUAAAGUUAUAAUGGCAGACCCCGCGUGCCUCGAACCACAAGCAAACUUUAAAAUGAGAGAUAUAUGCAAGCGAUAAUAUAACAGGAUAACAUAAAAAAAAGGGUGUCAGAGCGCAGUAAGUGGAGGAGCGAGCGCAAACAUUUACAUGCAAAUCUCAUUCUUAUAAAAGUUAGCCAUUGCACAAAGGAGUCUUUAAAGAGAAAACGCGGCGUGACGUCACCAUGCAACUUUGCCCACCACCACCACCACCACCACCACCAUCAUCAGAACAACAAACAUCGAUACUCACGACACGACGACUCACACGCUUUCGCUCGCACCCAAAAUGCAUCGGCCAUUCCCAAAACAAACCUCACAUGCCUCCACUUCACCCAUGCACUAAACCCACCCAACUUCCAUCCCUCAGGUCGAAACAAUCAGCAGCAGCGACUGGAAUAGCUACCCCGUUGACGCGCCGAAGAGAUUCCUGGUGGCUUCCAUAACCCAGCUGAGCGGAGGGGAGGCCUGAGGGGUGCGUGAUAGGUCAGUUGGGAACUAGACGCCAGAGGGAGCACGCCACCUGCCUCCCGGUGGCCGGCGAGGGCUCAAGUUCUAAGGGCGGAGCGAGAUGGUCGUCAGGGGAAGGAGGGCAGCGGGCGCGUUGUGUCUCCUCCUGCUCCUGGGACGGUCCCACGGCCUGCUGCAGAACGGCGCCUUCUCCUUCUCCUCCUCCCCAUCUCCAGUGCUUCUAUCAAGGGAAGACCUCAAGCUGCUCUUCGUUAACCCUGACGAUGUCGCUAACCACCAUGUCGUCCGCCUACACUCUCGGUCCCGGGAGAAACGCGCCUCUCCUGGCCUCACCGAGAACCCCGGCCACCUCGACGUGACACUGGAGGAUGGCGGGAGGGAGCUGGAGUUCGAGCUGCGGCCGAACGAUCAGCUCAUCUCGCCCGAGUUCGUGGUGGUGGUGCGUGGGUAUGACGGCGUGUCGAGGGAGCGAGGGGCCGCCAGAACCGCCUGCGUGUUCUCCGGCUUCGCCAAGGGACAGCCGGACAUCACAGCGGCUCUCUCAGACUGCGACGGCCGAGGAUUUACCGGCGUCAUCAUCUCCGGGAACGAGACACACAUGGUCACGCCGCACCCCGGGACCAGGCGGCGGCGGCGGCGGCGGGAGGCGGAGGGCGGCGGCAGCGGCGGAGAGGCGGAGGACGAUGAUGAGGUGACACCCGAUGGCCUGCACAUCAUUCACGCCAGGAAGAAGAACAUGAAGUGUGGCGUGUUCGACUUGGAGGCCAUGAAGGCGCCGCGCGUGUUGGUAAGACUGCCGAAGAAUGAAAGAGGACGCAGGAACGAGACCAGUGAGGAGGACGAGGAGGAUGAGUACGGCCGAACGAAGAGAGAAACCAAAGAAGAGCUGCGCAUCGAGACGGCGGUGUUUGUCGACGACGAGAUGGUGACGUUUAUCAAGGAGAGAUACGAAAACCAGGACGUCAAGGAGACCAUCACCGACACCGUUUUCGCCAUCAUGAACGGGGUGGCGCUCAUGUACCAGGCGCCGUCCCUGGAGCAGCACCUCAUCAUCACGGUGGUCAAGCUGGAGAUCAUCGAGGACAGCAAGCGAGGGCCCAGCAAGGCGAACGGCAACAUCCAACAGUACCUCAAUAACUUCUGUUCGUGGCAGAAGAACCAAAAAGGGAAGAUGCAGGAGAAUUGGGACCAUGCCCUCAUGUUGUCCGGCCUCGACUUGUGGGAUGGCGACCCUGAAUCCACCUCCGUCAUAGGCCUGGCGUGGGUGGCGGGCAUGUGUCAGCCCACCUACUCAUGCACCAUCAACGAGGGCACCAGCUUCGAGUCCGUCUUCGUCAUCACGCACGAGCUCGGCCACAACCUCGGCAUGUCCCACGAUGGCUCACGGGACGACCGGAACACGUGCAGCGGCGACAAGUUCCUCAUGUCCUCCUCCACGGGCCCCGGCAAGGUGACGUGGUCCUCCUGCUCCAACCAAGAGCUGAAGAGUUUUCUGAGGAAGUAUCCCCUCGACUGCCUGGAGACAACCUCAAAACUAACCCCGAAAGGCAGUACCACAGGCGACCAGCUGCCCGGGGAGGUUUAUGUCAAGGAGGAGCAAUGCAACUUCGCGCAGGGGUCAGGAUUUAAGCCGUACGUCACCUCGAAGGCUCCCUAUGACGAUGUGUGCAGGGAGCUGUGGUGCCAGAACACGACCCACGCCCUCCGCACUCACCCGGCGCUAGAGGGCACCACUUGCGGCGUCAAGAAGUUCUGCAUGAAUGGUAGCUGUCAGAACAAGCCGGCACGGACGAUCGCGGAGCUGCCCACCACCGUACCCACCGUCACAACCCGGGCGCCGCGCAAGGAGUCCAAGGGCUUCUCCAACCUCCUCUGGCGCAUCAGGAACCUGUUUAAAAGAUACAUGUCCCUCCGCCAAGACCUCCCCGCCAGCGUGUUCAAAUCCUCGUGGCGGCUCAAAGACUCAUCGCACUGCUCGGCGUCGUGUGGGGGAGGGUGGAGCAAGGGCGAGGUCUCCUGCACCACCCCCGACGGCAGGGUGCGACUGGGUGAGGACAUGUGCAACCCCGACGCUCGCCCAAUCGAGUGGUCCUCCUGCAACACCGGUCCAUGUGGGUCUCCUGAGGGUACUGCUGGGAUUAGUAGUGGUGGUGGUGGUAGUGGUGGGGGUAUUAACUUCCCCAGUGGGUGACGUAGGUUAUAGUAG